UAUCACUUUUAGCAUGGUUUUGAUAUACUUUAACUAGUUUCCGCAUGUUUGCAAGUGUAUUUUGCGUUGUAAUUUUGAAUUUGGCGCCAUUAGCGGCCGUCCCAGAAUGCACUGCGCGCCGUAUCGUCGUGACCAUCGCGCAUCUCUGGGUGCGCUUUCCGAAUGGCGUCCAGUUGUUAUUGUUGCGAGCGUACGAACGAAUUGCGAGGAGAAAUUAUGCGCGUUUCUGGUGCGUUCGGUGCGUGCGAUCUCAUCCAGUAGGGUGGCCCGUGAACGCCGAGAGUGCGCGUGCCGGAUCGUCUCGUGCGCGCCCGCAUCUGCCGUUUGUGUUCGAAAAGUGUGUCACGUAAAAUGGGGUACGUAGUGCUGCAGCCGUGCUGCUGGCCGCCAGCGCGAUCCGUCCGCUGCGAUUCGCGCCUGCAGCGCUCCCGCUGAACCGGCGGCGAGCGUUAGCCACCUUCGGGCGGCACGGACGCGUCCUCGGUCGACCAUAGCGUCCGCCACGGAUCUCGCAGUGCACCCGCCUAGCCCGCUAUUGACAAUGGAACACAUGGAAAAAUUCACUCCCCCGUCUAGCCACACAAGAUGGCUGCGGUGCCGUCUGGCCUAGCAGCGCUGAUCAGAUCUUUGAUUCGUGGUUACCGCUGAAUACGCUUCCAAUGAAACCGCGCGUUGAGAGUGUUGUGUGUGUCAAAUGUGUGGCGCCAGCGGGGGCGGGCGGGAUCCGCGACGGCGACGUUGUCCAUUGAUAUAACCCUUCAGUUUUUUGCACCCGGACCAGCCGACCGUCAACAAAACCACUUGGAUAUAUUAAUAUGGCCGCAGAUAGCGCAGGUGGCACUGUAACGACAGUGGUGACCUGUGAGGGCGAUCUGCACAGCCCGUCGUUCCGCGCGCACUUCGGCGCGACGCUCGCGCAGCUGGAGGGCCUCUUGGGUGAGCCGGUGACCGUCCGCAAGCUGGAGCCGUGGAAUUCGGUGCGCGUAACGCUGUCCAUUCCGCGGGAAGCAGCGUUGCGGCUCCGGCAGCUCGCCAACGAUGGCAACCAACGGCUGCGCGCCCUCGGCAUCCUUAGCGUGCAGGUCGAGGGCGAUCAGGUCAUCUCCCUUCGGCUAGCCGCCACCGCGGCCACCAGCGAGCAAGAGAUACUCCUACGCACCACCCCUCAAGAUGGAGCAACAUCAAGUACAAGCACUAGCACAAGUGCAGGGCUUUCACAGCUCUUAUCCAUGCCUAGUGCGACCGCAGCAGCUGAAGCAGUGGCGGUGCCUACGGUGCUCCCGCCACCAGCUACGGCAGCGGCUAGCGUUGCCGUCGCGCAGCAUCAUCCAGAAAAAGUGCAAUUCCGUUCGCCGAAUGUCAUAUGCCCGGCGGACGGCAUCGUGCCGAAGGUGGCUGCCACCGCGAAGAGUGCGGCGGGACCAUUUCCGUUCACAAGUAUGAAUCAGGCGAUCCACACGAGUACAAACCACAACGGCACGCCGGCGCCCGUAUCUGUCAGUGGUGCCGGUGUCCCCAGCAGCAGCGGCAGCUAUGCGACUCCACCGCCGCCUUAUCCCGGCAAGCAUCCGCCUGUCACGCUCUCCAAUCCGCUACUCGUCAACCUGCUGCAGAACGAGGGCGGUGAACAGAGGCCGGCGGUCGCGAUGCCCAAAGCGACGGCGCCCGCUCCUGUGCGUGUAAACAAUGUGCCUGUGCCGAGCGCGAGCAGUAACUCGAAAGUGACGAACGUGAACGUUCAAGUGCAGCAGGUGCAUGUGCAGCAAGUGCAAGUGCAGCAAGUCAAACCCACCAGAAAUCCUGUGCCUUACAACUUCUACCCGCCGCCGUAUCCCAGCGCCACCACGACGACGACGGCGGCGGCGGCGGUGGUGACCCAGCAACAGCGAUGGGAGCCGCCGCCGACUGCGCCGCAGCUGCAGGACCUCACCGCCACGCUGACUGACUUCAAGCAGACCGACCUCGACUUUCUGCUGCCGAACAUCACGGCCAGUCCGCUUCUGGAUCUUCCCGACGUGCUUAAUGAGAAUCGCACCGUACUCCUCAUCAAUCCGCUGACGGGCGAGCUCGAGCCGCAACUCGGCGACGAGAGCGACGAAGAGUUUCGUGACGUUUUUACAGGUUUACCAAUGUCUCCGGUUCACUUUUCCGACGAAGACACGAAUUCAACAAUACGCCCUGACACGACGGACCAAAGCGAUUCCGAGAGCCGCUCUGGUCACAGCGACAGCAGCAAACAUUCAAAGGCGGCGAAAACCCGGACGCGAAAAGGCGGUCGGGAUUCACCUUCCGCCAAACAACAUUCAACGGCACCUACGGAGAAGAUCAAGCUGCGACUCAAGCUGGAGAAAUCCGAACCAGUCAACGCCGUUUAUAAAGCGGACGUUAGUUUUGUUAACGCCACACUCCCGAAGAAGGCGGUGGCUAUCAAUGUUACGACGACGGCGACCACUCCGUCAACGACACCAACACCAGUGUCGGGAGAAGAGCCGCGCGUGCCGCCAUUGCACAUCUCGCUUAGAGGGCGGCCGCUUGUCAUAAGCAGCAAGAAGAAACUCAAAUUAGCUGCUGACGGCGCCGCUGCUGCCAAAACAAAGCCGAAGAAGACGCUCGACUAUAACAACAGCAAGCUGAAGCGGGAUCGUGCUGUUCUGGAACCCUCCAGUCCAGAAGACCGCAAACUGAAGGCACCUAAGCUUAUCGCGGACGUCGACACCGCUGAGCUUAUAUACAACAACCACUUGCAAUUACACAAGGACAAGUUGAAGGAGCGUCGUGGUAGCGACUCUGAACUGACGCGUAACAACAAGAAGUACGCCGAGACAAACGGCACUGAACGGCGGCUGAGUCAAAGCGACGAUGGUUACGAUCCCGAAGCGGUGCUUGGCUCGACUAACGUCGGAACCGUCGCCGCCAUCAACAAGAUUCGUAACAAGGACAAGUUUAAAUUGAAGGAGAACUUUAAGAAUAAGGACUUGAAUCGGUUCAAGGGGUAUAUUAACAGCGAUAAGAAGACGGUGGCACUGCCGACGUUGCCUACAAACGAUAUUGACAUGGAGGCGCGGUUCAAGGAGCGCCUGUUGAAGGUAGACGAGGUGGAGGACAAGGCGAAGGUGGAGGAGCUGAUACAAACGCUCGAGGAUCAGCCGGCGAAUGUCAAGGACAAACCACCCGAAGCGGAUAAAUGCAACACGCCAGACCGGACGAUAACCGCGGGUAAAGACCUGCAGGAUAAGCAACCGAACCGAUCACCUAACUCGGGAGCGCAGGGUGAAGAUAGCGGCAUUGAGAGCAUGGAUGCGUUAAGCGAGAAAAGCCCGAAUCAGGCGAGUCAAAGCCCGCAUGGGGGCGUCGAUGAUGCCAAGUCAUGCGGCGGGCACAAGACGCAAGUGCCUGAUAUGUUGGACAUCGAGGCGCAGUUGGCGAAGAUGGAGGGCAUGCACGACACGCAUGAGGACCCAGUGGUAGAGCCCGAAGGAGAGCAGGAGGAUCUCAAUGAGAAUCAUCGCGGCGCGCAGAAGCGAGAGCAGUGCUGUGUCUUAGCUGCGGUCACCACGACAGUGGCGACUGUGAAGGAGGAAGUGCAGGUGAAGACGGGCCCGGAGAUGGAACCACUGCGUGUUAGCCCGCCCCUUUAUACGUACUCGAAUCCAGAGAAGCGAGGCGAUAAGAGCCUUCUGGAGCAGCUGCUCAUCGAGAUUCCUGAGGGGCAGACGCCCAGCUCGCCCUCGCCGGCAACGCGUUCAGUGCGGACGCGCGCAGCGAGCAAACUCAACAGCCCGGAGAUUUCCCUCAACUCGCCGGUGGUAAAUAACAUCGCGACAAACUGCACGACUUCCAACGUAACGACCGCUACUGUGAAUAGCACCAAGCUGCGGACAACGCCGACGGGGAAGCGAAAAAGGCACGAGUCAGACAGCUCCACCAAUAGUCUCACUUUGGACGGUGCGGAAGGCCAACGCGUGAAGAAACCGCGGAAAUCGAGCGAGAACGCUGUCGAGUUGAUUAAAGCAUGCGUGGACGGCAAGACGACGGCAGCGGUCGCGGUGGCGAACAACGCGAAUAAUGGCAAUAGUGCUGCGGCAGCGACGGCAAACUCCAAUGCGAAGAAGAACUCGCUGGAGGAAAGCUCGGAUAGCGACGAGCCACUGAUUGAAGUCGCUGGGAAAGUACGCAAGAACACCAGUGCCACCACCACACCAAGGGCAGUCAAAGUCAAGAACGCUGCUGCUAAUGCCAACGCUGCCGUUGCGGUUGGGAUUACUACGCCGGGGAACAAGGCAAAUGUUAAUACCCGGAGGUCGGUCAGGGCUAUACCUGUUAUCAACACCAGGAGCAAGGGGGACAAGAGCAAUCCUGAGGGAGAUGUCAUAAGAAGGAAAACACGAAGUGCCGUAUCCGAAGGUGAAGGUAAAAGAAGAAAAGAUAUCAAGUGACAGUGCCAGGUGGGCCGCGCCGCUGAGUGCGUGGAGGUGGCCGACAUCGAGCGGCCGCCCCUCGCCGGCGACGGCCCGCUGCUGACAGCGAGCGCCGGCGCGCCCGCCGACCACCAUCGCCUCUUCUACCACCAGCUGCAGGAGGAGUUGGAGGAGCUGCUCGCGGCCGACCGCGGCGGCGGCGCGGAAGUACAAACACACAUACCCGCUGACACUGUAUAGAUUGUGAUAUACUGUACAUAGGUAGGUAAUUGUAAAUAGUAAUUCUACUGAGAACACGACAAAACAACAAACUACAGCGGUAGCCACCGACAUCCGACAUGUAGGAGCGAGUAAACCACACAAACACUUGUACACACACCCACACACUCAACAAACAAAACAAACAAAAAAGUGCCCCUCAAGAAUUAUACAUAAAUGUAAUAAUAAUGCGCAGUGUGCCGUCGUUGCUGUGACUGUGAAGUAACAAACAAACAAACAAACGCAAACAGAAGUCAUGUUACAAUAAAUAAUUUGGAUCAUUUGUGUUGUACGGCCGAUCGCAAUAGUUAAUCGUGUGCACCGUUUGAUUUAGGUAACGAAUUUGUUUUCUGCAACACUUUGCGCGGUAUUUUUGAUCAACCAUUUAUAAACAAUCCGAAAAUAAUUGAACACACAGCAGAGCAGUAAAUGCGACAGUUAGUAUAUGUACAUAUUGCAUAAAAUAUUAUUCUUUACUACUCUAUAAAUAUAUAAAUAAUAUAUAUAUUAUAUAUAUAUUAUAAAUGAAGAAAUUAUAUAUAAACGAGAAAUGAUUAUAUAUUAUGAUAAAGUAUGAUUUUUGCAUUUUACGUGGAUGAAUUUACUAUUGUACACACAAACAUGGCGAGAAAGAGACACCAUUUUACUCGGAAGCGUACAUCGUCGUUUUUCCUUUGUUUAUACAAGCCCCGCCCGCACUACUACCCUCUCACGAUCGCCCCCGCCCUCUGAUCCCGACAUGGGCGUAUGCCUGCCCCCCUCAUCCGUAACACGAGCGUUAAAUAAUUAUAAAUAUGAAGAUGAUCAUGCGAACUGUAUAUUUUUUUAUAUAAUUGAUAAAUAUUUGUAAAAGUGUAAACGUUGUUGACAUAUUUGUUUAUAUUGUACUUUUUUCUCUUCGUUCUAGCUUUUAUUCUUAGUUAGUUAUUGUAUUAUUAUCGAUUUCUUUCUCCGAGGAGAGCGAAAGACGCCCUCACCCACACUUGCACACACCCUCACGCAUUAAUUAUUUAUUUAUUUGUGAUUUGUGACACGAACGAGAGCGAGAGAGGAUUUUGUUAUAUGUUAGUCAAACUAAAGCUGAUUUAAUCAAGGUGUUUAUACGCGAGCGAUGUAAUUUGUAAACGAACCUAAACUUAAAUAACGGAAACAAGAAAUAAAAAAAAUUGCGGUGAUUUGCAUUCGGCGGCGUCGCGAAUGCGAUCAGGAAAUAUGCCUUCUUUCUACAAUGUAAAUUUUUAAAUGAUGAACAAGAUACGAACGACUCAAGCCACCUACCAAACAAAGCGAGCACAAGCUGAUAAAAAAUGUCUCAUUCUAAAGUAAUCUAUGUGUAAUACUGAAUACCAAAAAGCAGUUCGUAAUGAAUUAACUUAAAUAUGUAAAAGAAAAUGAAGCAAAAAAUAAAAACUCCAAAAGACUUUGUAAGCGGAACAUAUGUAUAUGUGCGGUGCAGCAAAUGCAACAAAUCACAAAUGAUGAAUGAACAUAUUGUACAUUUUUAUUUUAAAUUCACGAUUUCUUUUUUUGUAAAUGUUGUGGUAAUGUCGAGAAAGAGUGCAUUGAUGAAAUCAACCAAUCAAAAGAAAAAACAAAGCGCCGCUGAGCGAAGAGUGAACAGAUUUACGAUAAAGGUAGAACGAGAGCAAUGAAGGAAUUUGUAAUAUAAUUAUGUUUCUUUUCGAUUUUACAUUAUCGUUUUUAUGAUUCGACGUAGAUGAUUGUUUUUUUUUUCUUUUUGUUCGUUCGACGAUGAUGAUAAUGAAAGUGAAGCAAAACAAAACAACAACACUUUACAAAAGCGAUGAUGACUAUUUCUUAAUUGUAGAUUUUUGUGGAAAGGUUGAUGAAAUAAGCUAUAUAUUGUUAAAUAGAAAAUAAUCUUAAUAUAUUUCGUGUGUUUGUUCGAAAA